AUGAGGAAGAUAAGAACACCCGAACAAUUUCCGUCAGUCGUAACUCUUCUAGCGGAAUCAUACAAUCCACAUGUUCGAUGUGGAGCAGCUAUGGCACUUGGUUUGGCAUGUGCCGGUACAGGAAAUCGAGAAGCUAUUGCUGUUCUUGAGCCAAUGUUGAACGACGCCGUGAAUUACGUUCGACAAGGUGUUCUAAUCGCAUCUGCUCUUAUUUGUAUUCAACAUACUGAAGCAACAUGUCCAAAAGUGAAAAUGUUUCGUGAACAUUAUAUGAAAGUAAUUGGUGAUAAACAUGAUGAUGUGAUGGCUAAAUUUGGUGCCAUCUUAGCUCAUGGUAUUCUCGAUGCAGGUGGUCGAAACGUAACAGUCUCGUUAUUGACACGUAGUGGUCAAACUGAUACAAUGUCGGUUGUUGGUCUCCUUGUUUUCACUCAAUUUUGGUAUUGGUUUCCAUUGAGUUUAUUUCUUUCCUUGGGAUUUUCACCAACAUGUUUAGUAACAUUGAAUCAAGACCUGAAAAUGCCAAAUGUGGAUUAUGUAUCGAAUGCACCACCAUCCGUAUUCGCUUAUCCGCCCGCGCUUGUGGAUAAAAAGGAAGAAAAGAAGGAAAAAGUUGAAACAGCUGUCUUAUCCAUUACAGCUAAACAGAAGAAACGUGAUUUGGAAAAGAAAGGCGAGAAGUCCGAUGAAGCUACAGCCAUGGAAACUGAUUCGGAAGCACAAAAGGCGGCAAAUACUAAUGCAGCUACUGGUGCUACUACUGAUGAUGAUAAGGAAAAGGUGACGACAGCAGACAAGAAAGAUGACACCGCUAAUAAAAAGGAAAAGGAACCCGAUUCGGAAAUUCUUCAUAAUCCAACGCGUGUCGUCAAAGCUCAACAACGUUUAAUUUCAUUACCGAAAGGUUCACGAUAUCAACCAAUCAAAGAUAUCACACAUGGCGGAAUUAUUCUCGUUAAAGAUACACAAUCGAAUGAACCAGAAACCUUAGUCGAAUUAGCCAAAGCUGGUGGACCAACAAAAGAGGAAGAUUUACCAGAACCAUCACCACCUGAACCAUUUGAAUAUCGAGACGAAUAA